AUGCCCGCUGGCGCAGGGAGUUCUAAGAGCAAGUCCCAUACCUGUGAAGACUGCGGUCAAGUUCUAUCUCGACAGGAUCACCUGGAACGUCAUCGUCUUACCGCUCAUUCAGAGCGUGGUGCGUUCGACUCUGCGUGUACGGCAUGUGGCAGGAGGUUUUCUAGGAGGGAUGUGCUGGUGCGGCAUUACCGCGUGCUUCAUGGAAUUCAUUGCGAGCCGCGACCGAAGGGACGACCGAGGAAGACCUCGAAACAAGCUCCAAACAAGGCUUCAGCUGAUUCCGAGGCUCAGACCAACGCCGACUCGAGUAACAGCUUCCCGCAAGAGAGUGCUGCAUCCGAGCGCAGUCAAAUCAUCCCAGAGCCUCCUUCCGAGCUACCUUCUCAGCUCGCCGGUGACACCCUCGACUCACAAUGGGAAAUGCUUUUGAAUGCAACAUCGUCCGAGUUACACAAUGUGGGCGUAGCUCCAGUGUCUGACCGCAAUAAUAAUAAUCGGUCAAACUUCCCCAACGCGUUCCAUCAGGAUUCGGACCUCAUGACAUCGUUUCCUGGAGUCCAGCCGUUGUUUGAUAAUGGGUUCUACUCUUUCAAUGAUUUUGACAGUAACUUCUCGCUCCUCAGUUGGAUGAACUCGGAGACCCUGGCGAAUACCUAUAGCAUGCCACCAGACUUGAGCGUCCCGGACGUUCCAAUGCAAGGUUUGGAGGACCCGAACAGGUCCGCAAGGGUCCAACAGAUGAUGCGAGACAGUAAAGCCAUGAAUCACAAUGCCAUAGGGGCAAACACUGACACUAGCCUCUCGCUCGACAAAGGAGACUCGGUGGCCACGUUCCCGAAUAUAGACACAUCAGCACUACCAACUCCAUCUGCAUCACACGAUCCAAGUGCCGGCACCCCGCUGGAGGAAGCGCCAGAUCCAGUCUCGGUGGAAAGAGACGCCAACACUUGGCCGUACGAAUACCAAGCUGAAGGAGAGGAGGAAAGGAUCACUUUCCCAGUCCUCAAUCCUGAGGAUCUUAGAAGUGCUCAAAAAUACCACAGUGUCAGCGGCACAAGCUCUCCGAGGAAGAACUUUCAGCUCCUUGGGACCUUUGGAAAACUGGAUGACAAGAAACUAUCAAGUAUCAUCCAACUCCUGAGUCUGCCACUUGUCCCGACAUUCUUCAUCACUUCACUGAUCUAUACUUUCUCCAUUUUCAUGACGCCGACAUUUAAGAUAUCCGAUGCACCCACGAUUCUGGUGCUGACCAUGGCCUGCAUUGGGGCGUGCUACUCUGGUCUCGAUCGGUCCAUUGAGUUUGCCGACACACUUGCGGAGCUCUGCAGGCGGACGUCUACUUGGAUGGGCGAGCAUGAUCCCCGGUUCUUGCGGUCUCCUUCCUAUGGAGUAUCCCUAUUGCUGCAGCAUCUCCACGCCAUGGGCUCAGGCUCGCGACGCCUUUUCGAGAUGACGGACGCUUCUCGUUCGCGCCUCAUCAGCAUAGCUCGGCAGAUGAACAGCACAGGACUACAUGUCUCGCGUAGUGAAACGGAGUCGUCUGAGCGAGACACAUUUCAAACGUGGCUCGACUGGGUGAGCAAAGAGCAAGUCAAGAGAUUGGGAUGGUUUCUAUUCAACCCGUGCACAAAACUUGAAGAACUGCCGCCGGAGUUCCCGUGUGAGCAGUUACACUGGGAUGCGCCCACCGCCUUUUCUUGGGCGGCUUGUCCAUUUCAGACGGCGCCGCGAGGACCUCCGACCAUGCAGACCAUCCACGAUUUUCUAGAGAAACCCAGCCCAUCGAUCAUCAGCUCCCUCGACAACAUCGGUAAGCGGUUGUUGAUCCGGUGCCUCGGCCAGCAGCUGUACGCUUGCCAGGAGCAAAUGGACUCGGGCCUGUACCAUAUCCUCUGGAAGGACAACAACGGGCUGGAAGUGAGUCGCGCUGUGCGGUCACAGCUCUCAAGAGCUAUCCUCUCCGUGUAUGAAUUCAGCUGGGCUGAUCAUCCGCGCCGCUACACCCUUCGCCACGCCCUUCGCAUCGGUGUCGCCGGACACUAUAGCCACAUAUUUGGCGCAGGGAAGAUCGUCGACCUCGUCACUCGCGUCGCCCGCAAACGGGCCUCUGUGUUUGACAUGACCAGAUUAUCCCACACUACAGGCUCUGGCUCAAACGCCAACAACAGAGGCGCGGCCGUGGACGAGGCAGCAACCAUCGCAGCAUUUGGCGAACACCCCGAAAUCAUCAGGGAGAUGAUGUGGCAUGCCUCGCAGGUGUGCUACCUCCAACGCCGCCACCCAUUCAACUCACCCCUCGAACCUCUGUCAGUCUUUCUGGCGGGCAUAACACUUUGGGCGAGCUGUAAAUACUUUUGUCCUCAUCAGGCAUCGAUGCGCACGGGGCCGUCAAUUCAGUUGGAUGAACCAUCCUUCUGCAGCUCCCAACGCGCCAGUCAGGCCGUCAAGGACUGGAUCAAAAACGGCGGCAAGACCUUUCUGGAGGGUGUGGGCGACGUUCAAGACCCGGAGGCGCCGAGUCGAGUGCUCCAGCUGAGUGUGGACAUCACCCGCCGACUAAAAGUGUGGCAGAUGGCGUCGAACGUAUCAGAGAUUUUUGUCCGGCUGUUGCAGAUCGAGGAACAGGAGGCUGCCCAUCGGCAUGAGACAAACACGUUUCAGCCACAGUGA